CCAGCGCCCACAUCACAGCGACGUCUAGCGGCGAGGUAGAAACCUGACAGAAACCAGCUUAAGGAAGCAUUUCGAACUCCUUGUGAUUUGGUGUGUCAGUCAAGAUGAGGCUUCGCUCCGGAGGUGGACGCAAAGUUAUGCUGUUUUGGCCGAAUAUAGUUGGAUACAUCAGGAUUAGCCUUGUGUUUGCUGCCUGGGCUGCUCAUCAGUCUCCAGCUGCGUUUGUUCCUCUGUACACACUGGCCUCAGUCCUGGACGGAGUAGAUGGCUGGCUGGCGAGGAAGCUGGGCCAGACCUCCAGGUUUGGGGCUUGGCUGGACGUGUUGGUGGACAACCUCAGCAGAAGCAUGCUGUGGAGUCUGCUGUUUCAGUGGGGCUGGCUGGUGUCGACGCUGGAGUGGUGUGUGUUUGUGUGUAACCACAGCACCAGGGGACCGGACUGGAAGAGCAGCUUCAGCAGCAGUCCUCGCCUCAUACGGGCCAUCAUGGCAAACGGGCUUUGGACUCCUCUGGGUGUGUGGGUGGUGAGUGGGCUGCACGGCCUCCCUCUGUGGCUUUACCUGCAUCAGAAUGAUCUGCUGUCUGACUGGUUGGGCCUGCAGCCUUGGGUCCAGUCUGUGGGGACAGUGGUUCUGGCUGCGGGGCGUGUGAUGGCGCUGUCAGCAGAGAUGUGGUGCAUCUGGACACACAUCCAUUACCUGACCAGCGAUGAGACGGAGGACAAAAAACUGACAACAUGAUCAGUUUGGAUUUUGGACACUUUGUGGGACCUGUCAUCCCCUCCUGUGUUGUUGUGGAACAGACGUGAAAAGCAGCCAGGCAGAGGAGAUCAAAGCUCCGACGGGAAAGUCGGCCGAUCCUUUAGCAUCCACCUGCUGACUGGCAGGCUAACAUCGGCUAUCUGGUCCCAGAGCCUAGAAACAGCAGCCCAGGCUGGUUCUGGAACAGAAGUUAGUGAAAAGCUGACCUGACUUGACUGAUCUGGGCCAAAAACAGUUUAUAUCAAUAUGAAUAAAAAGACAUGAUCUCUACUACCUGCAAAAUCUUCUCACCCAUACUUAAAUAUGAUGUUAGAGUGGAACUCUGGAACACUUGAACUAUGACGCAGAUUUUAACGAGUGAGCCUGAAACUAGAGUGAAUACUCACAGGGAGAAGAAAUGUAGUCGGUGAUAAAACAUUUUAAUGUUUUUGCAGCAACAGAACAACACUGAAAACAUCCCAUAGCAUUUAGCGCCUUAACAAGAAGCUUCUAAAGAGGUCACAGUUUUCCUCCGCCUCCAUUUCACCUCAUCACCAUGACAACCAGUCUGUGUUACAGGAAAAGCACAGUUUGGUUUUUAUUUAGGAACAAGCAGCAGGUCUGUCUGAUGCUUCACCUUCAUGCACUGCUGGGGGGUUCUGGUGUGAGGGGUUCCAGACCUCACCAGAAGAUGCGUCGUUAACAUUUUCCUUAAAUUUGUUUUCUUUACACCUCAGAGAACAGACAAGCCUCACUUACUGAGCCAAAACAGUUUGACCACCAGAGGGCAAUAAAAAGCUGCAAAAGGCCAAUGUCCUCUUUCAGUCACAGUUCUUAGCCAGAUGUGUCCUUGCAUCUGUUUGUUGUACAGACUAGUAAUGACUUGUAUGUAAAACUCGACCUAUAAACGUGGCCUACAGUGGCACGUAAACAGCUGAGGUUUGUGAAGAGUCUCGUUAUUUGAGGGAAUCCAUCUUUACCGAGGUGAGUCUUUACUGUGAAACGAAGUUUAAAUAAGACAUGCAGUGGACUGGUUUGAGGGUUUUGUUAGUUUUCUACUGGUCUAACAUGACACGUCAGCAGCCCCGACGGACAAACGAGACUAGACGGAAGCAGUUUGGAGUUGUGGUCCAAUGGGUUGCUCUGAUGAGAGUUCUGACAGGAGAUGAAAGGCAAUUUGCACAACACACACACACACACUCACACACACACACACCUCAUAGUGCCCUAAAAGGUAGAAUUUAUCAAGCACUUAAGAGUAUGGCUCCAUUUAGACCAAUAACUGCAGGCUGGUGUAAGGCUGGUGGUCCUCAGAGGAGCAUGGGCACCCAGAGAUCUCUACACACACAAUCUCACUCACACGCGUGCACGCACACACACCUCAGACAAACCAGAUGAUGGAUCUGAUCAGACAUGGAGGACAACCCUCUCUGCUUCCUGUACAGGUCCCUUGUCAACAUUGCUUUUGGGUUCAUGGAUCACUCAAAGCACAAACAAUGGGCUACAUAAUCAUACACUUCUGCAUAUAAAUUGUUGAAAUUUUAAUUAAGCUAUGUCAGUAUUAAAAUGGAAAAACACACAAAAAAAAAA